AUGGCUAUGCGUUCCUUUGAAUGCCUCCUUUUUAGCUUUCUUGUGCUUGUUGUGGUAUGUGCCAAAGCUGGGCUUGGAACCACUGUGGGGUGCGUAGAGAGGGAGAGACAAGCUCUGCUUCGCUUCAAACAUGGCCUUGUGGAUGACUAUGGCAUUUUGUCUUCUUGGGACACAAGAGAUUGUUGCCAAUGGAGAGGAGUCCGGUGUAGCAACCAGUCAGGUCACAUCGUCAUGCUUCAUCUUCCUGCACCGCCAACUGAAUUUGAGGAUGAAUAUGUGCAUAAGUUCCAGUCUCUAAGAGGUGAGAUAAGCCCUUCACUGCUUGAGUUGGAGCACUUGACUCAUUUGGAUCUCAGCUGUAAUGAUUUUGAAAGGAGUCACAUACCUCCAUUCGUUGCUUCUCUCUCCAAAAUCCAAUACCUCAAUCUUUCUUAUGCCAAUUUCACUGGACGUCUUCCCAGCCAACUCGGAAAUCUUUCCAACUUGCUUUCCCUUGAUCUGAGCUCUAAUGAUUUUGAAGGGAGACCCAUACCUCCAUUCCUUGCUUCUCUCACCAAAAUCCAACACCUCAGUCUCUCUUAUGCCAAUUUCACUGGACGUCUUCCCAGCCAUUUCGGAAAUCUUUCCAACUUGCUUUCCCUUGAUCUCAGCUAUAAUUAUGAUUUGAAUUGUGGAAAUCUUGAGUGGCUUUCUCAUCUUUCGUCUUUAAGACACCUUGACUUGAAGUAUGUUAACCUUAGUAAAGCCAUCCACUAG